AUGGUUGACCAGAUCCCCGAAUCAGAAAUCUGGGCCAGCAGGAGCAACGUCCUGUUUGCGCGGAGUCAACGAGUGCUGCAGUCAUGGAUCCCCUCCAACCAAAGCAACAACCAGCAAGACGAGGACGAUGAGAGCGACUUCAAAGGGACACGGGAUGCUGCUGGCGUGGGCGCCGUCAACCAAGAUGAAGACUCCGAGCUGGACGGCAUCCUGAGGCGCAAGCGAACCGACAACGACAAGCUGCUCGAACAUCUCAUAGGCAAAAAGGCCGCCGAAGCACGGAGGAAGUCGCAAAGAGCAGAUGCUGGCAAGAGCAUGUCCUUGUCCAAGCAUGCUGCUCCCAAGCCCAUCACAUCGACGAGCGGCAAGGUCAGAGUGGCAUCUCGAGCACAGGAUAGUGAGGAUGAGGAGGAGGAAAUGGGCAGGGCAGCAACUUUCACAUCCAAGCAGAGGAGGGAUGCCAAAACUCCCGCAUAUGCAACGGCUGGUGGGCAGGCAGAUGUCGAGGUGGAUGCUGAUGCUGAGCCACCGGAUCCAAGGGAGGAACUUGCGACGGUGAAGGAGCUGGUGAAGCAGGAUGAAGAGCAAGACACGAAGCCAAAGAGGCGGAAAGUGGGAAGUUAUCUGGAUGAGGUGCUGGCGCAGAGUGGGAAGAAAGGCAAGAAGAAAAAGAAGAAGACGAAAGGGGGGGAAGGUGGAUGA